UCUUUUACCCAAGAAAGUUGGUGCAGGUCUCACUAUUUUGGGACAAUCUGGCACUUCAGGAUAACAACCUAUGUUCAUCAUGAGAGAGCAGGUGGAUGUGAUUCAUGCUGGAGAACAGCAGAUGCUGCAGACACCAGUGAAGAUGUGUUCAGUGAAGCUGCUGGACUGCAGGAACCUGAUGAAGAUGAGAGGAGAAACCACAGCUGUGGUACAACAGAGUGAUGAUGAUGAUGAUGAUGAUGAUGAUUUUAUUCCUUCGGAGCUGAUGAAAGUAAGAGAAGAAUGUGAAGAGCUGCAGGAAUUGGAGGAGGAACAACAACAUGGUUUCAUAACUGGAAACAAAUAUUUAAGUGGCUCAAAGACAGAAGACAAUUUCUCACCUAAAAAGCCUCGAAGAACAACCAAGAAAGCUUUCACCUGCUCUCAGUGUGGAACAUGUUUCCCAUGUAAAAGCUAUCUUAAUAAACACAUGAGAGUUCAUGUUGGAGGGACACCUUACACGUGCCAUCUGUGUGGAAAAGUUUUUGCAUAUGCAACCAGUCUCAAGAGACAUCUCUUUUGUCACUCUGAAGAAAAGCCAUUUGAAUGUGAGAAGUGUGGUAAAACAUUUGUUCUUGCACAGUACCUAAAACAACACCUGAAAACUCACACAAAUGAGAAGCGUUACAAGUGUUCAUUUUGUGAAAAGAGUUUUACACAACUGUUCUAUUUGAAAGAGCACCAGAAAAUACAUACCGGUGUGGCGGCUCAUAUGUGCUUUGAAUGUGGGAAGUUCUUUAUCACAGCCGGCAACUUGAAACAGCACCAAAUAAUUCAUACUGGAGAGAAACCAUACAAGUGCUCACACUGUGGAAAGAGUUUCACUCAUUCACAAGACCUGAAAACACACAAGAGAAUUCAUACCGGAGAGAAGCCUUACAAGUGCUCACACUGUGAAAAGAGUUUCACUCAUUCACAAAGCCUGAAAACACACAAGAGAAUUCAUACCGGAGAGAAGCCUUACAAGUGCUCACACUGUGGAAAGAGUUUCACUCAUUCACAAAGCCUGAAAAAACACGAGAGAAUUCAUACUGGAGAGAAGCCUUACAAGUGCUCCCACUGUGAAAAGAGUUUCACUCUGUCAGGAAACCUGAAAACGCAUGAGAGAAUUCAUACUGGAGAGAAACCUUACAAAUGCUCCCACUGUGGAAAGAGUUUCACUCAGUUACAAACCCUGAAAACACACGAGAGAAUUCAUACUGGAGACAAACAUAGCUUGCGAGUACGGAGCUGUGAUAAUUCCACCUGAUACUGUAGUAUAUUUUUAUCAAGUUAAUCAGGAGUAAUCAAUGAAAACAUUGUUGAUUUGUACCACAGUUAUGUCUGACGGGCAAACAUGCAGUUUACUGUGUGUAAAGGCCUGUGGACGUGAUGAAUGUGUGCUCAACAUAUGUGUGAAUAUUUGACGGUGUGUGCAGAAACAGAAAUAGCUCUUACAUGUGGGCUCUCAUGACCGCUGGGAGAAUUUAUCUCUUCCAAAGGUGGUUCUGUUACUUCUUAAUAUGGUCAAGACCAGACUCAAUGAAGAGCAUGAUAGAUAAUGCAUGUUUAAAAAAGUGUAAGCCACACCUUGUUUGAGGAGAUGUAUUUAAGUGAAACCAAACCCAGAGAUGCUUCAGUUGUUGUUGCUGUGGUUUCAUUGCAGGCAGCUCGGCUUUAUUGUGUGAUAAUAAAGUCUAUUCUUCUGAAAUCAAAACCCCAAAGAUUUUGAGUGAUUUUUCACAAAAUUGGCAGAAACUACUACAAUACAUGCAUACAUGCAUGGCCGGUAGAGCAGUUCAUUUGGAGGUGGCAUACUCCUUGUACACUGAUUCUUUAAGAAGGUGGAAACACGUACAAUAGCUCUCAGAUCUUUUUUGGAAAAGAUGGAUAAAAAAAUGGACCAAAGAGAGGCGUAAUCUUAUGUCUGGUGAUAUUGUACACAUUGCUGAUUCUACAGCCCCAUGCAAUUCUUGGACUCUUGCUAGACUACUAGAGACUUUCCCAGAUAAAAAGGGUUUGUUAGAUCUGUACGAGUUCAAAUCAAAACAAACACAGUAGUAAGACCAGUAACAAAGCUUUGUCUUUUAUUAGAAAUGUGAAACAAAAAAGGUUCAAAUGCAUGGUGUACUCUUAUUCUAAAAGAAAAAAAGGGGUAAGAGUAAAUAUUUAUUUUUUUAUAUAUUGAUGUAUAUAGACUCUUGUGAUGGCUCCUUAUGUUAAUAAAUGUAUUUAAUUGUUUAUGCCCUAUGUCAUUAACAAUUAGGGGCUAGUAUGUUGGGGCCAUUAUAUUUAGUUGUUAUCUUUGUUUAAGCCACUAGAGGGUGUAUGUGUAUUGAGUAUUUAAGGAAGGCAAUGAUGCGUUACAGGUGCACGAUGGAAGGUUAAACAAAUUUGACCGUGCCGUGAAUGUGCUGUGCAGCGUAUUUCCAAGAAUGCUCGCACCAAUAACUGCUUGUUUUGAACUAAAUAUUUAGAUUGUUAGUGGAAAGUUGAAGUUUUGGAAUAUAUAUUUGCCAUGUGUUUUGUUUGGUUGUUUGCUAUGCCAAAUGGA